CCCUCCAACACCAUGCCAUACAACUGCUGUCUGCCUGCCCUGAGCUGCCGCACCAGCUGCUCUUCCCGGCCCUGCAUACCCAACAGCUGCCAUGGCUGCACCCUGCCCGGGGCCUGCAACAUCCCUGCCAAUAUCGGCAACUGCAAUUGGUUCUGUGAGGGCUCCUUCAAUGGCAACGAGAAGGAGACCAUGCAGUUCCUGAAUGACCGCCUAGCCAGCUACCUGGAGAAGGUGCGGCAGCUGGAGAGAGAGAACGCAGAACUGGAACGUCAGAUCCAGGAGAGGAACCAGCAGCAGGACCCUCUGGUGUGCCCUGCCUACCAGGCCUACUUCAGGACCAUCGAGGAGCUGCAGCAGAAGAUCUUGUGUGGCAAAUCUGAGAACGCCAGGCUGAUAGUGCAAAUCGACAAUGCCAAGCUGGCCUCUGAUGACUUCAGGACCAAGUAUGAGACAGAGCUGUCCCUGCGGCAGCUGGUGGAGUCGGACAUCAAUGGCCUGCGCAGAAUCCUGGACGAGCUGACCCUGUGCAAGUCUGAUCUGGAGGCACAGGUGGAGUCCCUGAAGGAGGAGCUGCUGUGUCUCAAGCAGAACCAUGAGCAGGAAGUCAACACCCUGCGCUGCCAGCUUGGAGACCGCCUCAAUGUAGAGGUGGACGCUGCUCCCACUGUGGACCUGAACCGCGUGCUCAAUGAGACCAGGUGUCAGUACGAGGCCCUGGUGGAAACCAACCGCAGAGAAGUGGAGGAAUGGUUCACCACACAGACAGAGGAGCUGAACAAGCAGGUGGUGUCCAGCUCAGAGCAGCUGCAGUCCUGCCAGGCAGAGAUCAUCGAGCUGAGACGCACAGUCAACGCCCUGGAGAUCGAGCUGCAGGCCCAGCACAACCUGAGAAACUCUCUGGAAAACACACUGACAGAGAGUGAGGCUCGCUACAGCUCCCAGCUGUCCCAGGUGCAGUGCCUGAUCACCAACGUGGAGUCCCAGCUUGGUGAGAUCCGGGCUGACCUGGAGCGUCAGAACCAGGAGUACCAGGUGCUGCUGGACAUCCGGGCCAGGCUGGAGUGUGAGAUCAACACGUACAGAGGCCUGCUGGAGAGCGAGGACUGCAAGCUCCCUUGCAAUCCCUGCGCCACAACUAAUGCAUGUGACAAGCCCAUUGGGCCCUGCGUCUCUAACCCCUGUGUCACAAGACCUCGGUGUGGGCCUUGCAACAGUUUCGUGCGCUAG